CUGCUGGUGUGUGGAGCUGUGCGGUGUACGACGCUUAUUGUAAUUGAAGUUUUUUUUUCGAAAAAACAUUUCAGUCAUGGCGCUGUGCGGCUACAAGACAUCGCUGUGCGGGAUGCUGCUGUCCGUGUGGGGCAUCGUACAGCUGCUCUUCAUGGGGGUACUCUUCUACAUCGAGAGUCCUGCCUUCAUAGAGGACCUGCCUCUCAACGACCACUACGACACCCCAGAGGAAUACGUCACUGAUGUGCACAGAGGCUUUAAAGCCAACGCAUUCAACUGUCUUAUUGGCGCGUGUCUCUACAUAGUCACUCUGGGGGUGUCAACUUGGCAGUUCUACAUGAACCAGAAGACUACCUUCCAAGUCUAGGCUCGUUCUGUUGCUUCAUUGGUUCUACAUGAACCAGAAGACUAUACCUUCCAAGUCUAGGCUCGUUUUGUUGCUUCACUGCUUCUACAUGAACCAGAAGACUACCUUCCAAGUCUAGGCUCGUUUUGUUGCUUCAUUGGUUCUACAUGAACCAGAAGACCACCUUCCAAGUCUAGGCUCGUUUUGCUGCUUCAUUGGUUCUACAUGAACCACAUGAACCAGAAGACUACCUUCCAAGUCUAGGCUCGUUCUGUUGCUUCAUUGGUUCUACAUGAACCAGAAGACUAC